AUGGCUCGUACCAAGCAAACCGCCCGUAAAUCAACUGGAGGAAAGGCUCCAAGAAAACAAUUGGCCACCAAAGCUGCUCGCAAAUCAGCACCAUCCACUGGUGGAGUCAAGAAACCACAUAGAUAUCGUCCAGGAACUGUUGCUCUUCGUGAGAUCAGAAGAUAUCAAAAAUCCACCGAACUUUUGAUCCGCAAGCUUCCAUUCCAACGUUUGGUUCGUGAGAUAGGUAUGUUGUAAAAAAUCAGGUAUUAAUGGAAAAUCUUUAACGUUGUAAUUUUUCAGCUCAAGACUUCAAAACUGAUCUCCGUUUCCAAUCUGCUGCCAUCGGAGCUCUUCAAGAAGCAUCUGAAGCCUACCUCGUCGGUCUUUUCGAAGACACCAAUCUCUGCGCCAUUCACGCCAAACGUGUCACCAUUAUGCCAAAAGACAUUCAAUUGGCCAGACGUAUCCGUGGAGAACGUGCCUAA